CCACCCUGAACCUUACAACAGACCACAACAACAGGCCAUCCUUGCUGGGUUCACGUGACACAAGAAGCUGUACUGCUAGAAGGUGAAGCAGAGAAGUGAAGAGAGCAGGAUGGACCUUGAUGUGCUAAACAUGUUCGUAAUAGCGGGGGGCACACUGGCCAUACCCAUUCUGGCGUUCGUAGCAUCGUUCCUGCUGUGGCCUUCAGCACUGAUCAGAAUAUACUACUGGUAUUGGCGUCGAGCCCUGGGCAUGCAGGUUAGGUACGUGAACUGUGACGGCUACCAGUUUUGCUAUUCCUACCGAGGAAGGCCCAGCCACAAAGCCUCUGUGCUCAUGCUGCAUGGAUUCUCUGCCCACAAGGAUAUGUGGCUCUCUGUAGUCAAGUUCCUGCCAAAGAACCUACACUUGAUUUGUGUAGACAUGCCAGGUCAUGAGGGCACAACUCGAUCAUCCUUGGAUGACUUCUCUAUCUAUGGGCAAGUGAAAAGAAUACACCAGUUUGUUGAAUGUAUCAAUCUGAACAGAAAACCCUUUCAUAUGGUCGGAACGUCAAUGGGCGGAAAUGUGGCAGGUGUUUAUGCUGCCCAGUACCCAGCGGAGGUCUGCAGUUUAAGUCUUGUCUGCCCUGCAGGGCUGCCACAUGGCAGAGAAAGCAAGUUCGUGAAGCAGCUGCGGGAGCUGAAGGCGUCCGAGAGCAUGGACAGGAUCCCUUUGAUUCCAUCCACCCCAGAGGAGAUGGCAGAUAUGCUGAAGCUCUGCUCCUACGUUCGCUUUAAAGUGCCCCAGCAGAUCUUGCAGGGUCUCGUUGAUGUUCGCCUCCCACAUAAUGACUUCUACCGAAAAUUAUUUUUAGAGAUUGCAAAUGAAAAGUCAAGAAACUCCCUUUAUGAAAGCAUGAGCAAGAUCAAAGCCACCACACAGAUCAUCUGGGGAAAACAAGAUCAGGUUCUGGAUGUUUCGGGAGCAGAACUUUUAGCAAAAUCAAUUCCUGACUGUCAAGUACACAUUCUGGAAAACUGUGGACACAGUGUAGUUGUGGAACGGCCCAGGAAAACAGCAAAACUCCUCCUUGAGUUUUUAGCUGCUGUACAGAAUGCGGAGAACAAUAAAAAACUGGCUUGAAUGUCCACCAUCGAGUUGGCCCCUUAAGCUAAAUGAUCCAGCCGUGAUGAAAUACUGCUACUUUAAUCAAUUCUCAGGGAUCAUCUUAGACAGAACUUGGUGACUGUGCCAAAAUCCCUGAAAUAACCAGAAUAAUUGAUACAUUUAAUUGUUGCUCUGUCAGUGCAUUGGUUCAUGGGAUCCUGAGCAAUCUGCAGAUAUGUGUGUUGUUGAUGAAGUCCAAUAAAGUUUGUGUUAUCCAGUAUUUUUGGGGGUAGCGAAAGACCCACCAGGUAGAUCUGUGAUUCAACUACCUUAUUCUUCAGGCAUGACCCAUCGGUAAUAUUUUCCACACAUUUUUAAUAGUUCUGUCCAGCUUGGGCUGGAUACUGUGUGUAUUAGUGAGGUGAAGUAGAAAGUGAGCCACAGACCUUCUGUAUCUUGUCCAUUUUCCCAUUCCCCAUCUCUUGUAAAUCCAAUCAUGAGAGAGAGAAGUCCAAAGAGGAACAGGUCUCUUCCCAACAGAUCUUUGAAAAGUUCCUAAAUUAUCUGGAAAACAUGUCCCUACUUACCCAUUGGACUUUACCUAUAGCAUACAUGUAUUAUAAUUAUUUAUAUAAUAUAUAAACUAGAAUAUGACAUGAAAUCAAAAUUUCUAUAUCAUGGAAUGUACUGGCCACUCAUAGGUUUAUGCAGCUAUGUUAUGUGAUCUAGCAUAAUAUCCGACUAAUUGGAACGUAGAUGUCAAUGACAUUUGUUUAAAAUAUAUAGGAACUACGGUAUGGGGCAAAAUAACAGACUGAGAGCUAUGGUAUGUUCCUACCUCCUAGUGCACAUGGCUUUGCAUGAUGAGCAGUUGUUACAAAAGUUUCUGAUGAUCCAGAUGUUUGCUAAAUUGCUGUUUAUGUAGCUCAUUAAUUUAUGUUUUCAGCAGAGAAGGAAGGUAACGCAUCAAUUCUUACUGGGUGGAAAGUUUCAGAGACUCUACAACACUGCGUGUUUACACCAAUAUGUUAUGGAUGAGUUUCUGUAUCCCUCCGUAGCUCGGUUAUGUAUGCACUGCCUUAAAAGUCAGCGAUGCUGAAGUGGUGGUGUCACCUGGCUUGACUGUAAUCAUGACCUGCCCUCUGGUUCUCUGGUACUCAAACUUUAAAGUCAUCAGUUUAGGUAUUCAAGCUUAAGGGGCAAUUCGCUUACUGUAUAGUGCACAUGUGUGUGCAAAUACACACAAACAGGUUUUGUUCCACUGAAAUCAAUGGGACUAUUCCUGAUUUAAGUGGCUAGCAAAUUCUCUGUGAAAAACACUGUUUCUGUACAGUUAAUAAACCAAGUGGAGCCAUUUUGAAGCUA